UCCUUCUCCACCAUAUAAACAAUCCAACAGCCUCACUGAAUCACUGCUGUGCAGGGCAGGAAAGCUCCACGAACGCAGCCCAGCAAACAGCAGCACGCUGCUGAAAAAAAAAGACUCAGAGGAGAGACAUAAGGAAGGAAAGUAGUGAUGGAUCUCAUCCCAAACUUGGCCGUGGAAACCUGGCUUCUCCUGGCUGUCAGCCUGAUACUCCUCUAUCUAUAUGGAACCCAUUCACAUGGACUUUUUAAGAAACUUGGAAUUCCAGGGCCCACACCUCUGCCUUUUGUGGGAAAUGCUUUGUCCUUCCAUAAGGGCUUUUGGACAUUUGACAUGGAAUGUUAUAAAAAGUACAGAAAAGUCUGGGGUUUUUAUGAUGGUCUACAGCCUGUGCUGGCUAUCACAGAUCCCGACAUGAUCAAAACAGUGCUAGUGAAAGAAUGUUAUUCUGUCUUCACAAACCGGAGGCCUUUAGGUCCAGUGGGAUUUAUGAAAAGUGCCAUCUCUAGAGCUGAGGAUGAAGAAUGGAAGAGAAUACGAUCACUGCUGUCUCCAACCUUCACCAGUGGAAAACUCAAGGAGAUGGUCCCUAUCAUUGCCCAGUAUGCAGAUGUGUUGGUGAGAAAUCUGAGGCGGGAAGCAGAGACAGGCAAGCCUGUCACCUUGAAAGACUUCUUUGGGGCCUACAGCAUGGAUGUGAUCACUAGCACAUCAUUUGGAGUGAACAUCGACUCUCUCAACAAUCCACAAGACCCCUUUGUGGAAAACACCAAGAAGCUUUUAAGAUUUAAUUCAUUAGAUCCAUUGACUCUGUCAAUAAAAAUCUUUCCAUUCCUUAUCCCAAUUCUUGAAGCAUUAAAUGUCACUGUGUUUCCAAGAGAAGUUACAAGUUUUCUAACAAAAUCUGUAAAACGGAUAAAAGAAGGUCGCCUCAAAGAGACACAAAAGCACCGAGUGGAUUUCCUUCAGCUGAUGAUUGACUCUCAGAAUUUGAAAGACACUGAGUCCCACAAAGCUCUGUCUGAUCUGGAGCUCGUGGCCCAAUCAAUUGUCUUUAUUUUUGCUGGGUAUGAAACCACGAGCAGUGUUCUCUCCUUCAUUAUAUAUGAACUGGCCACUCACCCUGAUGUCCAGCAGAAACUGCAGGAGGAAAUUGAUGCAGUUUUACCCAAUAAGGCACCACCCACCUAUGAUACUGUGCUACAGAUGGAGUAUCUUGACAUGGUGGUGAAUGAAACACUCAGAUUAUUCCCAGUUGCUAUGAGACUUGAGAGGGUCUGCAAAAAAGAUGUUGAGAUCAAUGGGAUGUUCAUUCCCAAAGGGGUGGUGGUGAUGAUUCCAAGCUAUGUUCUUCAUCAUGACCCAAAGUACUGGAUAGAGCCUGAGAAGUUCCUUCCUGAAAGGUUCAGUAAGAAGAACAAGGACAACAUAGAUCCUUACAUAUACACACCCUUUGGAAAUGGACCCAGAAAUUGCAUUGGCAUGAGAUUUGCUCUCAUGAACAUGAAAUUUGCUCUAGUCAGAGUCCUUCAGAACUUCUCCUUCAAACCUUGUAAAGAAACACAGAUCCCCCUGAAAUUACGCUUUGGAGGACUUCUUCGAACAGAAAAACCCAUUGUUCUAAUGGCUGAGUCAAGGGAUGAGACUGUAAGUGGAGCCUGAUUUCCCUAAGGACUUCUGCUUUGCUCUUCAAGAAAGCUGUGCCCCAGAACACCAGAGAUCUCAAAUUGCUUUGUGAAUAGAACCCUGAAAUGAAGA